AUGGCCAUGCGCGUUUACGCGGCAGGUUGUUCAGCAGCUCCCGAAGCGGCCGACUUCCGCCUCCUGAUCCGAUCUGCCAUGGAGACCAUCAACCUCAUCACCCCUCCGCCUUCGCCUUCGCCGGGCGUCAGGGGCAGCACCAGUCUCGCCGGCGCCGGCGCCUCAAUCGAGCAGUCCAUCGACCUCGACAGCUCCACCGCCGCCUCGCCCGCCGCCUCGCCUGUCACAGGGGCUGCUUCGGACGAGCGGGACCAGCCGGUAUCGCAGUCGGAGACAGCUUCGCCUGACGCUCCGCCCGCUGCGGGAAGCCGUGCACCGCUCGGCGACGUGAACGUGGACGCCGAGGCCCGCUCGCAGCGCGCGCGCGAAAAGCGGCCGGCGGCACUGCAGCCUGCGGCGCGACCCGCCGAGUCGUCGGACGAGGAUGAGGUUGUGGCGCAAGCGCAGCCGCCGUUGCUCGUCGACUCGGCGCGCGCAGGCGCUUCGUCGCUCAGCGGCCACCCACCGCCGCACGCCGGGCCGGCCGUGGUCGACGGAGAAGACGACGACCUCGAGUUUGUCGGCCGGACGGGCGCCAACGCGCUGUCCGACUUUCCGCACUCGCGCGAGAAUUGCGUCGUGGUGCCGUGGACGGAGGGCCGGAAACAGGAGGCGUGCCCGCAGUGCUACUGCUACGUGUACCCCGUCGAGACGCCACCGCCGCCCGGCCUCGCCGCCGGCAUCACCCUCCGCCCGUACCAGAAGCAGAGCCUCGCCUUCAUGCUCGACAUCGAGCGCUCCACCGACCCUUCCCUGCUCGGCCAGCCCGACGAGUUGAAGAAGAAGCGCAAGCGGGUCGCUGUCGCGUGGGUGGGAGGCCGGCCGGUGUACAGCUCUCCCGACGACGCCGGCAGCACCCACAGCGUGAGGGGCGGAUGGCUCUGCGACGAGAUGGGCAUGCGCAGGACGGCGGUCGUCAGCGUGCGGCUGUGA